AUGACUGAGACAAAGCAGAGACAGGAAGACCUUAUUUACCCAGGGGCAGUAAAGCCAGGUGGGUCCAGGCAACCAGCGGCACCUGCAGCAUUGAUUAAAACAUGACGCACCUGUUGAGGAGGAGGGCUGCAGGGGUGACCAUGGAUGCAUGGCCAACAGAACAUCAAGGCCGGGAGGGGGGAGGGAAGAGAAAGGAGGGAGGACGGAAGAGGACGUUUACCUGACCCUAGUAGGUUGUGAGUCAUCACUGGGUCCUUGUGUAGAAGAGAUAACACUAGUAGAUGGGGGCUCUUAUAACACUAAUAGCUAAUGGCUAUCUAAUAUAUAAAUAUAAUAUAGUGGAUAUCUAAUCUAGGUACAGAGGGGUCUUUAGAAGUCUUUCUGUCAGUCUGUGAGUGUCUGAAUGAUUCAGAGGCUGUCUUUCUCAUUCAGAAUCAGAGACAGUGAGUGACUGUAGGGAGUUUUUCCAAGCCACUGUGCAUCUACAUCUGCAUUGCUUGCUCUUUGGGGUUUUAGGCUGGGUUUCUGUAUAAGCACUUUGUGACAACUGCUGAUGUAAAAAAGGCUUUAUAAAAUAAAUGUGAUUGAUUGACUACCUCCAUCAUUUUGACUGUACAACCCAUGGCUACACCAACAUCCUGAAGUACACACUGAGUGUACAAAACAUUAGAAACACCUUCCUAAUAUUGAGUUCCACCCCCUUUUGCCCUCAGAAAAGACUCAAUUCGUCGGGGCAUGGAUUCUACACGGUGUCGAAAGCGUUCCACAGGGAUGCUGGCCCAUGUUGACUCCAAUGUCUUCCAUCAGUUGUGUCAAGUUGGCUGGAUGUCCUUUGGGUGGUGGACCAUUCUUGAUACAGACAGGAAACUGUUGAAUGUGAAAAACCCAGCAGCGUUGCAGUUCUUAACACUGAAACCGGUGCGCCUGGCACCUACUACCAUACCCUGUUCAAAGGCACUUAAAUCUUUUGUCUUCCCCAUUCACCCUCUGAAUGGCACACAGACACAAUCCAUGUCUCAACUGUCUCAAGGCUUAACAAUCCUUCUUUAACCCGUCUACUCCCCUUCAGCUACACCAGGGAUGGGCAACUUUGAUGGGAGUUGGGGGCCACAAAAAAAUAGAACUUAUCAUGAGGGGCCGCAGUGGCUUGUGGGCAUCCAUACAUCACCCCCCCGGGGUGGAGAGAAGAUUUUGUAAUUUUAUAACUAAUUUCAUGCAAUUCUAUUCAUUUUACCAUAGGGUGGAGGCUAUUGUUUGCCGUUUUUUUUAUAUGAUAACUGAUGAUCAAUGGGCCCCACAUUCGAGAACGCUUACUACAAGUUUAGAUAGCUUAGUUAGAUAGCUUAGUUAGAUAGCUUAGUUAGAUAGCUUAGUUAGAUAGAUUAGUCUAUAGCCGCUAGAGACAUGGCACCUCGUCUAUUCUAUUAUUCUAACUCUCAACAGGAAGUUUAGAUCCCGACUGAGUUCAAAUAUAUAUCUAUUUCUUUUUGGUGGGGGAUUUAACAAAAAGAAAUAGAUCGUAGCUUUCACCUGGUCAGUCUAUGUCAUGGAAAGAGCAGGACAUUUUACAUGUACAUUUUAGUCAUUUAGCAGACGCUCUUAUCCAGAGCGACUUACAGGAUCAAUUAGGGUUAAGUGCCUUGCUCAAAGGCACAUCGGCAGGUUUUUCACCUAGUCGGCUCGGGGAUUAGAACCAGCGACCUUUCGGUUACUGGCACAACGCUCUUAACCACCAAGCUACCUGCCGCCCCACAGGAGUUCUUAAUGUUUUGUAUACUCAGUGUAAAUACUGUCAAGAAGCUCAGCGUAAAUACUGUCAAGGAGCUCAGUGUAAAUACUGUCAAGAAGCUCAGUGUAAAUACUGUCAAGGAAGCUCAGUGUAAAUACUGUCAAGAAGCUCAGUGUAAAUACUGUCAAGAAGCUCAGUGUAAAUACUGUCAAGGAGCUCAGUGUAAAUACUGUCAAGAAGCUCAGUGUAAAUACUGUCAAGGAGCUCAGUGUAAAUACUGUCAAGGAGCUCAGUGUAAAUACUGUCAAGGAGCUCAGUGUAAAGCCCGAGUUCUCCCGAGUGGCGCAGUUAUCUAAGGCACUGCAUCGCAGUGCUAGCUGUGCCACUAGAGAUCCUGGUUCGAAUCCAGGCUCUGUCGUAGCCGGCCGCGACCGGGAGACCCAUGGGGCGGCGCACAAUUGGCCCAGCGUCGUCCAGGGUAGGGGAGGGAAUGGCCGGCAGGGAUGUAGCUCAGUUGGUAGAGCAUGGCGUUAGCAACGCCAGGGUUGUGGGUUCGAUAAAAGAAUGUAUGUGCUAACUUUAAGUCGCUCUGGAUAAGAGCGUCUGCUAAAUGACUCAAAUGUAAAUGUCUUUAUCUCUUGUCUGCAGAUCAUGAGGCUGUCAGCACUGGAGACCCACGUGAGGAAUAUCCGGAAGACAGCAGGAGAGAAGCCCCUGUUCUAUGGAGCCCUGUUCCUGUGGCUCAUGGGCAGCGUUGACAAGGCCAAAGACUACAUUGACAAGAUACUGAAGAUAUCCAAGUCCUCAAAAGAGGUCCAUAGCAAUACACGACACCAGUAUUAUUCAGCAAUCAUUUAGGCUCAUUUGAAGCUCUAUAGCAGGGGUGUCAAACGUACGGCCCACGGGCCGGAUCAGGCCCGCAAACUGGUUUAAUCCGGCCCGCGAGAUGAUUUUGAAAAAAAAAAAUAUAUACAUUUUUUUUAUUUUAAUUCAAUAAAAUAAACUGCUGUUCCAAUUGUAUCCACUGGAUGGCGCAAUAGCAAUUGUGUUAAGCAAGCAAACUGUUUAUACCGGGGCAGAGCAAGUAGGUCAAGCACGUGCAGCCAAUGAGCUACUUUGUUUUGCCCGCGAUAUUUAUUACGGCUUCUACUUUUAACAUUAUGUGCUUUGGCACCCUCAUUGCCCCAAUAUGUCUCUGUCAAAAAGAGAAAAGUGGACACAGAGUGCAGAGUGUUCCAAGAAAAAUGGUCAUCCUAUUUAAUCACGGAAUUGAAUGGGAAAGCUGUAUGUUUGGUGUGUUCAGAGCAUGUUGCAGUACUGAAAGAAUAUAACCUUCGUCGCCACUAUGUGAGUCUUCAUGCCGACAAAUAUGACAACUUUCAAGGACAGCGGAGAUGAGAGAAGGUGAAUGAACUGUUGGCGGGUCUGAAGAAACAGCAGUCUGUGUUUACUCACAGCGGAGACAUCAGUGACGCUGCAGUGAAAGCUAGCUACCUCAUUGCUAAUGAAAUCGCAGUGGCUUCAAAACCAUUUAGUGAGGGUGAAUUUGUAAAAACAUGCAUGAUGAAGGCAGCGGAGAUUGUGUGCCCUGAAAAGCGGCAGGCUUUUGCAAAUAUCAGCCUGACAAGAAACACAGUUGCAGACAGGAUUUCCGAUCUUUCAGUGGAUUUGGACAGCCAGUUGAAGAAAAAUUAAAGUCAUUUAUUGCAUUUUCGGUUGCAAUUGAUGAAAGCACGGACAUUACAGAUGUUGCACAACUGGCCAUUUUUUCAUCCGCGGAGUUGAUGACACAUUGACCGUCACCGAGGAGUUCGUGGAGUUGGUGCCGAUGACAGAUACAACGACAGCAGCUGAUAUUUUUACCGCACUCGUCGGCGCGCUGGACAGGGUCGGAGUGGACUGGUCCCGCGCUGUCAGCCUGGCUACAGAUGGUGCGCCCUCAAUGAUCGGGAAAAAAAGCAGGCGUUGUGACAAAGUUCAGAGAGAAAGUGCAAUCUGCAAAUGGAGGACGUGAUUUUUUGACUUUUCACUGUAUUUUGCACCAGGAGGCUUUGUGUUGCAAGUCAUUAAAGAUGGAUAACGUCAUGAAGGUAGUCAUCCAAACUGUUAAUUUCAUCCGAUCCAGAAGCCUGAAUCACCGUCAGUUUGACAGCCUUCUCAGAGAGAAAGACCACAUCUAUGGCCUGCCAUACCACACUGAGGUAAGAUGGUUAAGCCGAGGUGCUGUGCUGAGGCAUUUCUUUGAUUUACGAGAAGAAAUUGAACAGUUCAUGGAAGAAAAAGGGCAAACCAGUGUUAGAAUUUCAUUCCGCAGAAUGGAUGCCGGACCUUGCAUUAAUGGUGGAUGUUACAGAGCACCUGAAUAACUUGAACAAACAGCUGCAAGGGCGCAACAAAGUUGCCACGCAGUAUUAUGACAGCAUACGUUCUUUCAAGUUGAAGCUGUCAUUGUGGGAGACGCAACUUGCCGGUGGUGAUGCAGCUCACUUCCCCUGUCUGAAAAAUGUGUGCGCGACCCAACAUGUGGCAGACAUGAAGCGGUUCAAAGAUAAAAUAACGGGACUGUUACGGGAGUUUGAGCAACGCUUUCAGAUUUAUGUAUAUGUUUUUAUGUUGAUGUGCUAUUGUUUUUAAUUGAUUUUAUUUUAUUUGUAUAUUUAACCUAUUCUUGACUCUGUGGUUCUUGCACUUGUUUGGGGAACAGGAUUUCAUUAUUUUUAUCUACAUUUCUGCCUGAGAAAUGACACCCUGAUAUAGUUCUGUGAUCUGUGAAACAGUUCUGUUAAUCACUGAGGCAUUGUGUGUUUGUGUGUUCUUUUUCUUUAGAAUUUUCAAAUAAACUUGACGUGUUUUAUGAUUAAUAGUGAUGUUGUGCUUGUACUAUUUUGGACACACUGUCCUCAGGCUCCAGCUUUAUGUUGUAUGUUGAUCGUAUUAAAACAAAGAAAACAAUCUGAAGUUGUUGUUUUUAAGUUAUAUAUACCAUGAUUUUUCCGGUCCGGCCCACUUGGGAAUAGAUUUUCCUCCAUGUGGCCCCUGAGCUAAAACGAGUUUGACACCCCUGCUCUAUAGUAUGAUUUCAAACAUAGCACAUGAAUAUUCAGGUUUACCAAGUGCAUGACAAAUCUAUGAAUGAUAUUUUCUGUAGUUCCAAAGUAAUACCUUGCUUGGUCAGAAGACACUGUGGUGAACUCUAGUUGUUCCUCUCUUUCCCAGGGCUCUAUCCUGAAGGGCUGGGUGGAUAUGAACUCAGAGGAUGAGUUUCAGAGGAACAACGCUAUCCACUACCUGGAUGGAGGAGUGCAGGACUCCAGGGAUGUGUUCGGCCUGAUGGGAAAGGUACCACAGCGCUCUGCAGCAGCUCUCCCUUUGGUUCACUGAUUAUAAACUAUUCUUAUAAAAAAGUAUUUGUAUGACAGGCAACAGCUGCGAUGGUUGGCUAUAAACUAUUCUUAUAAAAAAAUAUUUGCAUGACAGGCAACAGCUGCGAUGGUUGGCUAUAGGCACAGCAGUGGAAGGAAAAGUAACCUAACAUUUGUUGAUCAAUGAAUUUGGCCUGAUGAUUACUAUUCCUUGUUUCAAUCUCAGGCCAAGUACUUUAUGAACCAGCAUAACUUCACUGGAUCCCUGGAGGUGGUGAAUCAGAUAGUGACCUCCCUCUCUGACUUCCUCCCUGGUCUGAUGCUGAAGAUGAAGCUGUUCCUGGCCCUACAGGACUGGGAUCAGGCCCUGGAUACAGCUGCUAGGUAACAGAAACCAUAACCCCUAACCCUACAGGACUGGGAUCAGGCCCUGGAUACAGCUGGCUAGGUAACUAGAACCAUAACCCCUAACCCUACAGGACUGGGAUCAGGCCCUGGAUACAGCUGCUAGGUAACUAGAACCAUAAACCCCUAACCCUACAGGACUGGGAUCAGGCCCUGGAUACAGCUGCUAGGUACACUAGAACCAUAACCCCUAACCCUACAGGACUGGGAUCAGGCCCGGGAUACAGCUGCUAGGUAAACUAGAACCAUAACCCCUAACCCUACAGGAACUGGGAUCAGGCCCUGGAUUACAGCUGCUAGGUAACUAGAACCAUAACCCCUAACCCCUACAGGACUGGGAUCAGGCCUGGAUACAGCUGCUAGGUAACUAGAACCAUAAACCCCUAACCCUAAAGGACUGGGAUCAGGCCCUGGAUACAGCUGCUAGGUAACUAGAAACCAGGACCCCUAAAACCUAAGGACUGGCUAGCUGUUUUAUGCGUAGUUAUAGUUACACUAUAUUGGUUAUAAGUAAACCGUGAACCACUUUUCUUAGUGAUGAAUACAUCACUGUUAUGUAUUUUAUUCAGGAUUUUACAACAAGAUGGGCGGAAUCUGAAAGCUAUCCAAGUUCUAGCCAUCCAUACCAUUGUGGAGGACGGGGAUCUGGUCAAGGUGAGUUCAGAAGAUGGGAACAUGAAUGAGGCUACAUGCAAGCAGUACAGUAGCAUCGUGUAAACAGACUGAUGAGUGCUGUCGCCAAACAGAAUGGAAGCUGGCCAGACUUCUGGUGGUUGGACCAGACUACUAAUACAGUAGAUUAAUAUGGUCAUCAAGGCAUAAAAUUAACUUGUUGGUCCAGCAGCCACUGUGGCAGGUAGAUAAAAAAAUAUACCAGCCACUCAGAUUUUUUAGAUUAGAUAAAUGUUCUCCUGCCCCUUUAAGGGCAGAAGGUUACCGUGGUAGUGUGAUCGAGUCCAGUGUUGCCAGCUUAGCAACUUUGUCGCUAUAUUUAGUGAGUUUUCAGACCCCCUCUAGCGACACAUUUUCAAAAAAUUGACUAGCGACAAUCUACACUUUUUUUGUGUUAUUGGAGUUUUGGAGACUUGACGUGAAAACACUAUCGUUCUUUUCUCUUCCAAAAGGCACGGGUUUUGCCCUGGGCCCCCCCCCCCUGGGCCCCACCCCCCUCCCAAAGCACUCACAGGCCCCCAGUCCCCGCGCACAGUCCCUCCCGCUGCAUCAGAGCAGGAGAUGUUUUACCCUCCGCGUCCAACUGCAAAUGAAUCGCGCAUGCGGGGAAACCCGCUGGCUGAUCCCCGGUGGCUUACAUUCGGGGCGGAUGUAAAUGUUUUAAAAUAAAAAGAAUUGACAGAAGAAAGUUAAUUUUUAGUUCUAAAAAAUUUAGGGGUUUUUUUCUCACUUUUCUUCCUAAGCGUUUUUCUCUCUCCUAAGCGUUUUCCUCUCCCCUACAGGUUUUUUUUUCUUCCUACACGUGUUCCCCCUCUACAGUGUUGUUCCCUCCUCCUAAAAAGCGGUUCCUCUCUCCAGCGUUGUUUUCCCCUCCCUAAGCAUUGUUCCCCCUCUCCUACAGGUUGUUCCUCCUCCCAAGCGUUUUUUCCUCUCUCAAAAGUAUUCCUCCCCCUCCCACGUUAUUCCCCUCCCCUUUCCCACGGUUUUCCCCCUCUCUCCCCACAGGGUUUUUUCCUCCUCUCCCUAAGCUUUUCCCCCCUCUCCCAAGCGUUAUUCCCCCUUGUCCAAAGGUUAUUCCCCCCUCUCCUACGGUUAUUCCUCCUCUCCUACAGCGUAAUUCCUCCUCUUUAAGCGUAUUCCCUUUCUCUCUACAGCGUUAUUCCUCCUCUCCUACAGCUAUUCCCCUCUCCUACACGUUGUUUUUUUCCUACGCUUAUUUUUUUUUGGGGGUUAUUCCCUCCCUUCCACAGCGUUUUUUCCUCCUCUCCACAGGUUUUCCCCCUCCCUAACAGGUUAUUCCUCCUUGCCUACAGUGUUUUUCCUCCUCUUCCCAAGCGUUUUUCUCUCCACGAUUUUUCCCUUCCCAAACGUUUUUCCCCCCUCUUCACAGCGUUAUUCCUCCUCUCUCCCACGCGUUUUCCUCCUCUCUCCCACAGCGUUGUCCCUUUUUCCUACAGGUUUUUCCCCUCUCCUACAGGUUAUUCCCCCCCUCUUCUACAGGUUAUUCCCCCCUCUCCACAGGUUAUUUUUCCCCCUCUCUCCUACAGCGUUUUCCCCCCCCUCCCACAGGUUUUCCCUGUCCUACAUGUUAUCCUCCCCUCUCCUAAGCGUUUUUUCCCCUCUUCCUACAGCGUUUUCCUCUUCCUACAGGUUUGUCCUCUCUCUUUCGCGUUUUUUCCUCCACUUUUACAGCGUUUUUCCCCCUCUUACAGGUUAUUUUCCUUUCUUACAGCGUUGUUCCCCUUCCUACCGUUGUUCCUCUCCUUUCCCCGGUUUUUUCCCCCCCUCUUUUACGCGUUAUUUCCUCCCCUCUUUAAAAAGGUUAUUUUCCCCUCCUUUUACAAAGUUUUUUCCCCCUCUCUCCUACAGGUAAUUCCUCAUCCUCUAUCCUACAGCGUUAUUCCUCCCUCUCUCCUACAGCGUAAUUCCUCCUCUCUCCUACAAGCGUUAAUCCUCCUUCUCUCCUACAGCGUAAUUCCUCCUCUCUCCUAAGCGUUAUUCCUCCCCUCUUCUACAGCGUUAUCCUCCUCUCUCCUACAGCGUUGUUCCUCUCUCUACAGCGUUGUUCCUCUCUCCUACAGCGUUAUUCCUCCCCUCUUCUACAGCGUUAUUCCUCCCCUCUUCUACAGCGUUAUUCCUCCUUCUCCUACAAGCGUUAGUCCUCCUCUCUCCUACAGCGUAAUUCCUCCAUCUCAUCUACAGCGUUAUUCCUCCUCUCUCCUACAGCGUAAUUCCUCCUCUAUCCUACAGCGUAUUCCUCCUCUCUCUACAGCGUAAUUCCUCCUCUCUCCUACAGCGUUAUUCCUCCUCUCUUCUUCAGCGUCCGCCACAAUUACAUGCACACAUGGCCAAUUAUGCAAAUUAGGUCAUGACGUCAUUUAGCGACUUUUUAGGACAGCCAAUAGCUAUUUUCUUUACUGAGGAGUUGGCACCACUGAUCGAGUCAUCUUCAUGCCUGUGAGAUUGAGUCGGACUAGUAGAAGUGUUGUCUUCUCUUCCUUAGCAGUUGAAACUCAAACAUUGAAAAACGACCUAGCUUGUGGAGAAAAAAAAAAAAUGUAAAUAGCCAAGAAACACGAGGUCAAAGUCUCAAGUAAAUUAGACCAACUUUUAUGCCUUUGCGCAGCGCUUCUAAAAAGGAAUCUUUCACUCAGCUUUUCACGUGCGCACAGAACCCAGCCAGGUAGAGUUGCAGCGCGAGGUGGGAUAGUCUAUAGGAUUCGUCCUUUUUUGACUGCGAUUUAAUUUACCAGCUAUGAAACAAAACAGAAGAAAUACUUUGAUUACAGCUACUGCAGCAUUUGUUUUACAAUAAAUGUGAUCUUACUUGACUUUUUAUUCACAAAUGCGAAUGAAAUGCUUGCACUGUGGAGCCCUGACCAACCGCCAACGUGGCUGGUGAAAUAUACAUUUUAUCCGCCAAUGCUAAAAUCUACCGGCAUUUGGCAGGCGUUAAUUUUAGGCCCUGAUGGGCCUCAUGUUAUGUUUGCAGGCCAAGGAACACCUGCAGGCCCUGGUUAGUGCAGCAGAGGUCUCGGAGCCCUGCUCUCCCAGUCUCCACGUCAGUCUCUCCCAGCCCAUCAGCAGGCUGGUAAGUAUUGAGCUGAGUUUAGUGGGGCUGUAUGCGUUGGACGUCACUAGACAUUCAGAACUUCCGGGGCUUAGCCCUGAAGACCUGGGGCUGAAGACCUGGGGCUGA